UUCGAUCUUCAAACAAGUUCUUCGCUCAGAUACCACUUCGCAGAUUUCGCUUCUGUUUUACACUGAUACUAUUUGGCAGGAAACUAUUCUGCAUUUAAGUCGCCGAUCGGAUGUCUGCGCAUUUCAUGGGAAUCCGCAAAUUGAGAUAUGGAACUCAGGAUAUUGAGUUGGUUCAGUACGCCCUGCUCUACAUGAGAACAAACCGAUCCUUGAGAAGUAGAAAUUACAGCCAGCUACAGGGGCGAUAUGAUCCUUUCAAGUUCUACAAAAAACACGCGAAGCUCGUUACUGGUAAAAUAUCAUCACCAACUGUACAUACCUGCACGGGUUUCUUAGCACUGAGCUUUAAGACUCGAUUUCAAUUGACAUAUAUACCGAAAGAAAACUCUAAUACAGAGUUCAUACAGAGUUCGUAGGACCUUGUCAACGAAUUUCUGCAAAGGUCCAUAUGACGACAGAGAGUCUUCCCCUCACAGUCCUACUUCAGCUCGUCUGUAGUUUGAAAUAUUCCAGACGUAUUCGGCUCCUUCACCUCAUGAACUUGACCAGUCCUCUCGACUUGCUGAACUUGUGCUUUUCUAUGUUCCUGCUAGGCACCUUGUGUUUAAUCUUCUCAAUUAUGGAACUAAUGAUGAAACGCUUGUCACUAGCAUUCCCACUAGUCACAAGGCUCACCAGUUCAGCCAUGCUCCACCUGUUUGUACGAAACAGUGGGCAGAGUCUGGCACUAAGAAUCGAGCAUAGACUGAAUCUGAGGCUAAAUUCCCAAAAUACUCCUUACCCCGCUGUGGAGGAUGAAUCACCUACUCGCUCCUUGCAGCAUAGUGGUAGAGAAAGCAUCCGUGGCAAACAGUCAGUCAUGCACAGAAGAGACUCGUCGGUUGGAAGCAGACACGUCGCUGCACUGGUUCACGAUCUGUCCAUCGCACUGCAUAUAUGAAUAUCAAGGUAUCGUUCAGUUUGCUGUGCAUGCAUGUCACGCGUUGAAUACUUGAGGAACAAAACUUGACUUUUCUCGGCUCCAAAAGAAAGUUAGCCACUGGACUUGAUUGCUGCUGUCCUGUGGCAUGUACACAGGCAGGCAGCCUUGGGCUGUUGGAUAAGUCGACAGCAAUCAGUGCACUGCCUCACAGUGUACCGUCUGGAGUAUUUCUCUCACAGACAAGUGAAGCAUCGUUGAACCCCUUCCACAGCGCUGGUCUCAGCAGACACAUCGUUUUGACAAGUGUGUCCACAUUACUUUAUCCUUCUGUUCAGAUACUCGUCAUCCCUGAAGUACUGGCCACGGUCCAGCACGAUCGAUUCUUGGAUGAGCCUGUGCAGUGAGUCAGUUGUCCGCUGCUGGCUAUCAGAGCAGGUUCCAAGAUGUCAAAAUACCUGAAUCACAACAUGAAAUGGAUGCUGAACAGAUCACAGUGCACGCUACCUCGACAUGGGAAAGCAUGGGAAAGCUAACUAUCCUCUAACCAUUUAUUUAGAGGAUUGCCUACUCCAGACAGUAAGCAUCUUGGCAGAUAAUAACCACAAGUCGCCUCACUCUCAUCCAGAUUGCAGCAAUCGGGCAUCAAUGACUACAUCAUCUGAUGCAACAAUCUCUUUUUGACUUCACAGUCGUGACCAGAGAAGACCUCGAAUGUCGUUUUGGGAUGAGAUUCGGAUAGCAAGCCUGGCCAUCGAUCACAGUUUCGCCUAGUGUAGGUUGGAUGAGUAGGAUGCUAAGAAGCAGUGUCCACAUCCUUAUUGGAAAGCAAACCUAAUGUUAAAAUAUUCCGUUUGGAGCAUCGUCUUCGUAUACAUAAUGGAACACUGAACCCACUCCCACCGAUCUCUAUAAUUCUCAUCGGUUUCCCAUCAUAGUUCGUGUCCUUGAGCCACUGUUGUUAAGAAAAGGCCUCACAUGGAUGAGGACAUGCAAUGCAGCUUCAAUCAUCCUUGUUUCAAGAGGGAGAGGAUGCAACUGGUGCCUUAUUGACAUACUUGGCGGACUGGGAGUACACAGCUCUUGUAGAUCGUUAUCUGCAACUAAAUAAAGGGUUUAAGUCAUAAGGAGAUAAAAGGGGACCGGAAUUGAUGUAGAUGGAGUGAAAUUGAUGUCUACAUACACAGAUGUAUCGAGAUUCUAUCUUAGACGAAGAGAUUUUCAGAGGGAUUACGAGGUACGGUGAAUCACUG